AUGACCUCGCGCCCGGAAAAUAUUGGCAUUAAGGCCAUUGAGGUCUACUUCCCAAGCCAGUAUGUAGAGCAGAGCGAGCUCGAGAAGUUCGAUGGUGUCAGUACCGGGAAGUACACCAUUGGCCUGGGCCAGACGAAGAUGAGCUUUUGCGAUGACCGUGAAGACAUCUACUCGUUUUCGUUGACGGUUGUUUCCAACCUACUCAAGAAGUACAAUAUCGAUCCUGCCUCCAUCGGCCGACUCGAAGUUGGCACUGAGACACUCCUAGACAAGUCCAAGUCUGUCAAGACGGUGCUGAUGCAGCUAUUUGGAGAUAACACCAACAUUGAGGGUGUGGAUACUGUGAAUGCAUGCUACGGAGGCACCAAUGCCUUCUUUAACACCAUCAAUUGGAUCGAAUCCUCCGCUUGGGACGGUCGUGACGCCAUCGUCGUCGCUGCUGACAUUGCCUUGUACGCCAAGGGAAAUGCCCGCCCCACCGGCGGUGCAGGUGCCGUAGCCCUCCUAGUCGGCCCCAACGCGCCUAUCGUCGCCGAGCCUGGCUUGCGCGGAACCUACAUGCAGCAUGCCUAUGAUUUUUACAAGCCGGAUCUAACUUCCGAGUACCCUUAUGUGGACGGCCACUAUUCGAUUACCUGCUAUACCAGAGCUCUCGAUGCGGCCUACCGCGACUACGCCAGGCGCGAGGCCUCGAAACUCAACGGCUCCAACGGCUCCAACGGGAAUGCGAACGGCGCCUCCGAUUCCAAGACUGCGCUCGACCGAUUCGACUACCUGACUUUCCAUGCGCCUACCUGCAAGCUGGUUCAGAAAUCCUACGGUCGCCUUCUAUACCACGACUACCUUGCUGAUCCUGACAACGCCGCCUUCGCUGACGUGCCCCAGGAACUCCGUGGACUCGACUACGAGAAAUCCUUGACUGACAAGGUCGUCGAGAAAACAUUUAUGGGUCUCUCCAAGAAGAGAUUCCAAGAGCGAGUAUCGCCAGCUAUUCAGGUCGCCACACUCUGCGGCAACAUGUACUGCGCCAGCGUCUGGGGUGGGCUCGCCAGUCUAAUCUCCUAUGUGGAUAGCGCCACCUUGGAGGGAAAGCGCAUAGGCCUCUUCAGCUAUGGAUCGGGUCUUGCUGCAAGCUUCAUGUCCUUCAGGGUUAACGGCAGCGUUUCCGGGAUCGCGAAGGUCCUGGACAUCCCCGCGAGGCUAGGCGCCAGGCGCGCUGUCCCACCGGAAGCCUACGACGCCAUGUGUGACUUGCGCAAGAAGGCCCAUCUCCAGAAGAACUACAAGCCCGAGGGCGAAGUGUCGACCAUCUCGAGUGGGACAUACUACCUGGAAAACGUCGAUGACAUGUUCCAGAGAACCUACUCCAUCCAGGCUUAG